ACCCUUUGGGUCAUGGGUCUAUUUUGUUUAUGCAUUGGUAUUCAAGGUGUCACUCGACACGAUGGUGAAGGAACAGUGGUGCUACAACAUGCCCUCUGGUCUUGGAGUUGUGGCUAGAAUGGGCCUUGGUAGGCUCUUUGGGAUUGGGUCCAGUGAAUAUGAUAGUUUAGGCAUGCUCAUCACCGGUAGGACCAUUCGUCGGCGAAUAGUCACUCAUGUGGAAACUCGGAACAGUUCUAUUGAACCCUGACUCUGUACCGCAUGCCGUUUAUCUCCUCUUCCAACUAACACCCAGUGUUCAUGCCGUCAUCGCAAUGAAUAGGGUCCAGCCCUUGCAACUGACCGCCGUUGCAGCUAAUCGCCUGUACAACAAAUUGCUGUCGUUGUUACCCGCCACAUGUCCUGCCACCUUCUCGCUUCAACCGAUUCAAUGUUCAAGGACGAAGCCUCGAGCUGUUGGACACCCAACCCCAACAUCAACAUCAGUCGAGGAGACAAAAGUCCUCGAUCACCUCAAGCCGAAGCGGGAUCCGAAGUUAGCGAGUGGCGCUGUCCGGCUUGGGUUCUCGACUGUUUGGGUUAUCCUAGCAGACGAUCACAGGUCAGCGAGAACAUUUCCACCUUGAUACACAUGUCUAUCAAGAAAAUAAUGGGAGACUCGAUACGUCCAUCGAGUGAAGAAAUGGGAAGACAACAAAACCAAACUUGAAGCCGGGACGG